AUGUUGUACCGCCUGGACGUGCGCCCACCUUUGACUGGCGCCCCGCAUUCGACACGCUUUCACACAACGGCCCACUUGACGACAAUCUUACCUUUCGACUUUCAUCAUCAACCCACCAACCUGACCUCAUUCAACAUGUCGCAGACCAAACUCACCAAGCCCACCGUGCCCUUCUCCGAAGCACCCUGGAUUCAGGGUCUGCCCUCUUCCGUCUUCACAUCCCCUUCCUACAUCCAGCUUCGCGAAUGGUGCCGCAAGUGGUGUGACGAGGUGCUCAUCGAGAUGGGUGCCAAGUACGAAGCCGCCGGCGUCAUCACCGACGACGAAGCCUACAAACGUGCUGCCAAGGAUGGUGUACUCUUCGCCUUUGCUACAGGAGUCCAUGUCGACCCCAAGAUUGCCAAGAUUGCACAGAGCGUCGGCGUAGGUUUGCCUGCGGGGAUCAAACCGGAGGAAUGGAACAAUGUUCACGACUAUAUCAUUUGGGAUGAGCUCAACCGAUGCGCCAGCUCCGUAUUGAUGGGACUGGUCGGUGGACUGACGUACGGAAGCGGACCAAUCAUGCAUUUUGCCAACGACGAGCAGAAGCAAAAAUGGUUGCCCGAGAUCUUUUCGGGUCGCAAGAGGGUGUGUCUCGCCAUCACCGAGCCUCUUGCUGGUAGCAAUGUGGCCAAUCUUAGCACCGAAGCGCGGCUAAUCGAGGAGAAUGGCGAGAAGUUUUAUCUGGUCAAUGGCAGCAAGAAGUGGAUUACCAACGGCAUCUACUCGGACUGGUUCACCACCGCCGUGCGAACAUCCGGCAAAGCGGGCGAUUCCACAGGAAUUUCUUUGCUACUCAUUCCACGUGGCCCCGGCGUAACCACCAAACAAAUGAAGAUGCUUCCCGGCGGAGCAUCCGGCACCACCAUCGUCGAAUUCGACGACGUCAAGGUCCCCGUCUCGAACCUCAUCGGCAAAGAAGGCGAUGGUCUCAAGCUGGUCUUCUUUAACUUCAACCAUGAACGCUUGACGAUUUCCUUCACCGCUCUGCGCUACGCACGGGUCUGUCUCGAGGACACCAUUGCCCACACUCGACGUCGAGAGGUGUUCGGUAAGAAGCUGAUCGAACAGCCCGUGGUGCGCUACAAGAUCGGACACAUGGCUCGAGAAGUGGAGGCACUGCAGGCGUGGGUGGAGAGCGUCGUCUUCCAGCAACUUCAUUUGACUAUCGCCCAGUCGAAUCUGUUGACCGGUGGGACGUGCGCGUUGCUGAAAGCCCACGCGGGUAUCGUGUUGGACCACGUGGUGAGGGAAGCGGUUCAUCUUCUGGGUGGUAUGGGUCUGACCAAGGGUGGAACGGGCGACAGAAUCGAGCGUAUCUACAGGGAGUCGAAAGGUCUGACGGUGCCCGGCGGAAGCGAAGACGUCAUGAUCGACCUCGGCGUUCGACAGCAGCUCAAACUCGUCGGUCCUCAAAGCAAGUUCUGA